CAAACCCACUCUUUUUACAAAGCAGAGAUUUUUGGUUUGUUUUGUUUCUUCUCGAUCUUUCAUGGCGAGAUCUCAUCAGUUUCGUGUGGAUUUGGGUUACGGCGUUGAAGAAAUGGGGUUUCGUUCUCAUCUGUUCGAUACUGCCGUCGGAGGAUUCAACUCACUCAGCCGCCGCAACCACCGUGAUCAUCCGUACGUUUCCGACGUCGUGGUCGAUACACUCUCUGACCAGUUCUCUUCGCUUUCUCUUCUUCCUACUCCUAAACCCAUACCUACUCCUGUUUUACCUUCGAGUCUCCAGCAGUCGUUUAGGUCUAAAGGUCUUAAAACUGAUCAGAGAUCGUACGGAGAAAGGCUCAAGCUUGAAGCGUUUUAUGAACUUCAUCUUUCAAGGAUCCGCAAAAAUGAGUCGCAGCAAGAUAGAGCUAAGGUUUUGCAGAGGCAAGAAGCACGGUUGCACAAUGGAGGUUUGGUUCAUCGAAACUGCAACGUUUUAAGAGAAUCUAAAGGAACCGGCGUUUUCCACCCUCUUCAGCGUCCAGCUACUAAGACUGUGACCUCCGUGGAGACUGUGACCUCCGUGAAGAAGCGUACCAAAGCAGAGCAAAGGAAAGCGAAUCAAAGUGAGAAAGAGUUAUUCACCAAAGAAGGAAGAGGAGUAAUGACUACUACAAGGCAGGAUCAGCAGCAACAGAAGGAUGAGUGUCAUUAUCAUUUGCCUCCAGACAUGGAUUUCUCCAAGGACUGGGCUUUCUGAUGGGACAAGCUCGAGUAGUUGUUACUACUAAAAUAGGUCUUUUGGUUAUUAUCAAUUAGGAGGUAAAUAAUAAUCAGGACAAAGUUUAAAGAUGUCGACCUAGUAUGGGUGAAUUUAAGUCUAAAUAUCUCUUUUUGGUACUAUGAGCUAGUUUUUGGGUCAAUCUGGUAUGUGUCUCAACUUCAGAGUUGUACUUAAUGGAGAAAAGUAGACAACUUUGAGAAUGUUAAGUUUGCUUUCAGUAUACAAUCAGUACUGUGAUCUUACUUGCUUA